AUGGCCGGUCAUGGAACAGCGAGGACCGACUCGACUGAAGAGGCACCCGCUGUCAUAGAGAUCCUGUCAUCAGAUUCUGAGCCAGAAGUGCCAGAGGAGGAGCCAGAGGCCGAAGACAACGUGUCAGAACCAGGCCCAGACAACGAAGACGACUAUGAGCAGCCACUCUCCAGGGCCGCCAGCAUCAAGUACAAGAUCGAGGAAACACAAGAAGAAGAGCCGCCACAGGAUGAGCAUCGCACACCGUCGGGUGCGAAGCUGGCCAUGCGGGCCAGAGACACCGAGUCUGCCAAGCAUAGACAUGUCAGCAUCGAGAUUCCCCUCCCGACGUCAUCAGAGCUGCGUCGUAGGAAGGCCGAGUCCGAGACGUCAGGAAGCCAGGAGGGCAACGGGGAGGAUGUUUUGAAAACGUCCAGUGAGAGGAGGCGCAUCACGUUCGAUGACAGCGACCACGACGAGUUUGUCACGCCCAAAGAAGGCCCCUCAAGGGAUUCGCUGGAUACCAGUGUUGCUAGGCCGGACGGGGAAGCUGCUGGGCAAGAUGGCGGGGAGGAAGAGGAGGAAGCGGAGGAAGCGGAAGAGAGCGACGACGAUGCGCCACCGGAGGCUGUCUCCACCCGAACUGCUGAAGCAGAGGCGCUGAAGGCCACUGAGGCUGAAAGGAGAGCGGCGCAGCAACAAUCCGAGCUGUUGAAACGGAAGAACCAAGAGCGGACUGCUCUCCUCCAGAAGCAGGCCGCCGAGAGAAAGCGGGCCCGGGAAUCGACACAGCUGGAUGAAGAGGACGAGGCAACCUCGAGUCCUGCGGAGCUUGCCUCAGAAACCGAGAAGGGGAAGAGAGAAGUGCCAAAAUUCCUUCCUCUCGAACUGCUCGAGUCAGACGACGAGGACGACAUCGUCCAGCAACCAAGCUCCUCUACCGAUGGGAAGCACAAGCGGCGGAAGCUGGGCGGCCCGGAACAGGCGCUCCUCCGCGAGCCCAGGCUUCCCAAGGACAAACGGCUGGGGUCGACGGCGUAUCGGGUGGUGAAGGGCACCGGCGACCCGCGGUUGGCCCCUAGGGUGAAGAAGCAGGCGAUUAGUCUGAGGGAGACGCUCCUGCGGAGAGAUCGUGUAGCCAAGCCAAGAGGGGAAUUUUUCGUGAAGAACCGCUAG